AUGACGUGCCGGCACGCACUGCCCGUGCUGCUGCGCUGCAGGAUGCUGCUCACCUUCCUGGUGGUCCUUGGGGCGCCAGCAAGAACUUGGAAGGGGCUGAGUCACCAGCAGCUCUCACCGGCAUCUGGAGCUGGGGAUGGAGCCAAGUUGAUGCGGCAGGAGACCAUCAGUGCUAAAGAGCUGCUGCCGGGUCUCCCCAAAACGAGGAGGGGUGAGCAUGGCUCUGUGGAAGGGGCUCAUCCGGACAAAGCCAGCCCACUAAAGGAGACAGAGAGACAAGCAUUGCCCUGGCUGAUGAGCCCAGCUGCCAAGAGACCUGCUCCCAGGAAGAAGGGCAGGAAGGUGUCUCUGUCACUGGAUGUCCCCACUCAUGUCCUGAGCACCCUGCUUGAGCUGGCCAGAGAGAAGGAGCUGCAGGCCAAGGCAGCCGCCAAUGCCGAGCUGAUGGCCCGGCUUGGGCGCAGGAGGUGACCUGCAUGGCCAGAGAUCGAGCUGGAAGCAGGGCUGCUGGGGGCCAUGGACAGAGGGGUGCCAUUGGGG